AUGCAGAACAGUAAUUCAGCAGCCCACGACAAGGCAUGUCAAGCAAUCGAACGGGCGAAAGGACUAGUCCAAGAACAAGAGGAGAGAUUCGAUGCAUAUUUUCAGUCCUCGGGUGAUAUACCACAGAUGUACGACUUGAUGGAAUUCUACCCAAUUAAAGACGAGUACAUGUUUUACAAGCGGGAAUUGCUUGACGCCAUGGAGGAAGUUUCAACCACAGAAUCCCUCGAAGCGCAGCUAGAAACAACACUCGAGAUGCUCUGUUUAGAUCGAAUCGACCAAAAUCGUGUGCGCUUCCGCGUACCACUUCUCAUGCUGCAGCUGGGGAAGGACGCAGAAUGUUACGCUGUUAUCAAGUGGUGUUCUCAACCUCACAUUUUUGACGAAUAUGGGCGCUCAGAUCCUUUCGAGGAAAUUGAGCCUCUCUAUGAGGGAGACGUGGAGCUAUUCCCUCUCGCCAAUUUGGCUAUUCUAAAGGCAAAGAUUUUGCUAGAUCUGAGCACCCUUGACAACUGUGUCCUGGCUGUAGGAGCCUAG